CCGGCGAGCCCGUUCUCCGCCGUGUUAUAAGACUCUGUUCUGUCCCUGAGCUGGGGAGAGACGGCAUCUCCCUCGGAGAAAGGACUGUCUGAAAAGCAGACAAGAAAACAGCCUUUCCAAACAGCCCUUACCCGUCUCUUCUCUCUCUGCUUUAAAGCUGGACAGCUGGAUCGGCGCUGCUGCUACAGAGAGGAGCUCCAACCCAGCUGUUCUCCUCAGAGCCUGUGCCAGCCUCUGAGGAACCCUCCCUGACUCCCCAGGUUUCAGAUCGCGGUGCUCGGAAGCCCUCGGUGCUAUGCUGCCCUGCCACGUGCCGAAUUUAAGGCAUCCGUCCAAGUGGAUGUUUGCCCCUCUCCUCCUCGUCCUGGCUGAGCUCGGCUGCAGCGCCCAACCCACUUACCAAUGGAAAGACGCUGUGACAAAGGAGCAGCUCACCUGCCAGCAGUGCCCGCCGGGGACCUUCGUGGCACAGCACUGCACCAGGGACAGACAGACGGUGUGCGCACCCUGCCCGGAUUUGCACUACACGCAGUACUGGAACUACCUGGAGAAGUGCCGGUACUGUAACGUCAUCUGCGAGGAGAAGCAGGUGGAGGUGCAGCAGUGCAAUGCCACCCACAACCGUGUCUGUCAGUGCCAGGAGGGCUACUACUCGGACAUGGAGUUCUGCAUCAAGCACUCCGAGUGCCCGCUGGGCUUCGGCGUAGUGAAACUGGGUACCCCCUUUGAGGACACCCAGUGCCAAGCAUGCCCCCGUGGCUUCUUCUCUUCCUCCAACUCCAGCACCAAGCCGUGCCAGCAGCACCAGGACUGCGAGCAGCAAGGGAAGGUGACCAACGUGCAGGGCAACCAGUACCACGACACCCUCUGCACCACCUGCAGACUGGGGAGAAGCAACAGCACGCAGGGACCAGCUCUAGGAGACGACGACUGUGAGCAAGCCAUGAUAGACUUCGUGGCAUACCAGAACAUCCCCAUCAGAAAGCUGAAGCGCCUGCAGCAAAUUCUGGAGCGCUCGCCUAGGAAGCAGGCGCUGGAGAACAGGGCGGUCAUCCAGGAGAAGUUCAGGGCUUUCCUCAUCCACCUCAAAGAGGGGCACUACGAGGUCACCAAGGAGCUGCUGGACGCGCUGCGAGCUGCCAAGCUGCACUCCAUCGAGGAGAAGGUCCGCGAGCGCUUCCUCCUGGACUGAGAACAUGACAUGAACUUUUUGGGUGGUCUUUGUUUUUUUGUUUGGUUGGGUUUUUGUUUGGUUUUGUUGUGUUUUUUUUUCCUUUCUCCUGUGGCUUCAUUAAUUUAUUAAUCUUUCCAAACCUAACUUGAAGUGCAGCGUCGAGAUGAGCGAUGGGUCAGAGUGAAACCGUCCUGUGGCAGCUGCAGGGGGUCCCGCGCUGCACGUGGGUACCGCUGCCUCCGGGCCGGGAUGCAGCAGCAUCCCUGCGCCAGCAGCUCCUGGGCGCUCCCUGGGUGCUGGCCGCUGAUUUUCCAGCACUCGGCAAGGGCCAGUAUUUUAUCAGAAGAGAAACGUGUGACCAGGGUUAUAUUUUUUUUCUGCGGAAGAACCCAGCUCUCCCUUUUUAGACAACUGUCUGGCUUUGUUUUAAAAUGUGUAGGUUUGGUUUGGUUGUGGUUUUUUGUAGUUAUUUAACAGUAUUUCCUGCAGAGGAUUCAUGUAUGUUUGUCUGUCGUGCUUUGUUUUGAGAACAUUUCAGACACACAUUGGGUGUAGGAUGCCCAUGAAAUCACUGGUACAGCCGGCUUUAAAGUUAUUUCUAAACUACUUGUUUUUAUACUGUGUAUGAGAGCUGUUUUCUAAAGAAAGAAACCAAAGAAAUUAUUUUAUUAUACGA